AUGAAUGACCGUACUCUCUACGUGCCUUCACACGAAGGAGAAAAUGUUCUCCCUAACUCACCUUGGUUUCAUAAACUGCUUCGUUACGCCCAGCGCAAACCAUCGAGGGUCGCAAUCCGAGAUGUGAAUGCAAAUAUCGAAAAGACAUACCAUGAUCUUGUAUCCGACGCGCUCACAUUUCGGAAUGAGCUCAGGCGGAGGAUGAGCACUCAGACACUUCGGGACCUAGCAGAGGAUAAAGAAGUUUAUAUUGGCUUACUGGCAGCCGGGGGAUAUGAGUACACAGUUGGUUUCAUUGCUAUUGUUGCACUUGGUGCUGCAGUACUGCCAAUGGCUGCAGGACUUCCUGUGGAAGAAGCAACAUAUUUCCUUUCCAAAGCCCGAUGCGUUUCUCUGGUUGCCAGUACGACCAGUGAGGACCUGGCAAAGUCCAUUGCUCAAUUUAUGGGAGAGAAGAAAAAUUUCCAUAUUCCUUGCAUACCGCCGAUCGCAUCCUUCUUCCGACCCGUACCAUUUCCAGCGAGCGAAAUCGUGAUAUCUUCAAAUCGGAUGCUUGACAUGAAUGGCGCGAGUGCAGUGAUAUUCACCUCCGGCACAACGGGUCCUCCAAAAGGCGCGGUGCAGCGCCGUACUUGGCUAACGGGAAAUGCUGAAACAGACGGAGACUUUUACGGUAUCACGGAACAAGAUGUUGUACUCCACACAUUACCAGUACAUCAUGCUUCUGGCGUGGGCCUCACUUUUCUUCCUUUCCUUACGGCCGGCGCAUGCAUUGAAUUCCGAAGCGGAAGCUUCAGCACGGCUUGGACAUGGGAACGUUGGCGGCAAGGUGGCCUGACCUUCUUCUCCGGCGUGCCUACCAUUUAUAUGCGCAUGAUGCGAUAUUAUGAAGAGAAUAUCGCAACCAAACCCCCCGAAGUACGCGAUCAGUAUGUUGCUGGAGCCAGAAGCAUUCGCACGAUGCUUUGUGGCUCAUCCGCAUUACCCGGCCCCGUCCAAAAUUUCUGGGAAAACUUGCGACAGAAGCCAAUCUUGACAAGAUAUGGCGCAACUGAGUUUGGCGCGGUCAUCAAAACCGAUCUGGAUACUCGGAAAACCCCGCGAAACAGUGUCGGUCGUGUGGCUGAGGGAGUUUGUCUCAAGCUUGAGGACGACGGUCAUCUUCUUGUGAAGUGUCCAUACAUGUUCUCCAAAUAUCUUCACGAUGAAAGAGCGACCUCAGAAGCCCACGAUCAGGACGGUUAUUUUAAAUCGGGAGAUAUCGCUCGGAAAGAAGGGGAUUAUUACUUCAUUCUAGGUCGCGCCUCGAUUGAUAUUAUAAAAUCAGGAGGAUACAAAAUCUCGGCCCUUGACAUUGAGCGUGAAAUCCUAGGCCUCGACUAUGUUUCCGAGGUGAUGGUUGUCGGUGUUGAGGACGAAGAGUUUGGCCAACGAGUUGCGGCGACUAUUAGCCUUAAGACAGACCAGAAUACGACCCGCAAAGAACUCAAUUUGGCAGAGCUGAGGGAUGAUCUGAGGAACAAGCUCACGGGAUAUAAGAUUCCGACUAUUCUACGUGUGAUCAAGGGUGAACUUCCCAAAUCGGGGACUGGGAAAGUGCAGAAGAAGAUCUUGGGGCCGCGAUUUUUCCCUUCCAACUACCGGGACAUUCCUGAGAUACAAGUUUGGAGCAAGGAACUUAGAGCUAGACUUUGA